AUGGUGACCGAAGGGAAGCCGAGGAGAGAGCAGAGGGCAUUCAUGAGGGUGUUGACGGCCUCCAUUCCGGAUCUGAAUGCGAUGAUGGCCGCCAAGACGGCCGCGUACAGUCCCGUCGCCCUCGUCGCUCACGUCAAGCCCGCAUCCAGCAGUCCUUUGUACUUCCUGUGCGAGUCGGCACGAGAUCGACUCCGGCGGGGAGGAACACACGGUUCGAUCGGCGCACGUCGAGCAUGCGCGACGCCCGAGCGAUCCUGGACUCUCCUUCGUCAUGCGGGCGUCGAAGUCUCCGAGAGGAUCCUCUUCGAAGCGGACGAGGCCGAAGUUCCAUUCUUUCCCAUGGUAGACGCGACUCGAGGAGAAGGAUCUGAACGGGCUCGUAUCGGCUUCCACUGCCUGGUGAUGCUAGCGGUCUCCACCUUCGUCGUCGUGGACGGAUGGGACGAACCCUCGAGACUGGUCUCCGGCGCCGGCAUCUUCUUCUUCCUCCUCGUCGGAUGGCUCCUCUCCAAGCAUCCCCGGAAGGUGAACUGGCGGGGAGUCUUCUGGGGCCUGAUGGCCCAGUUCCUCCUCGGGCUGGCGAUCCUGAGGUGGUCGGUCGGACGCCGACUCCUCCAGUGCGUCGGCGACAAGUUCACGCAGUUCGUGAGGUUCACGGAUCACGGAUCCUUCUUCGCGUUCGAGUACCUGGCGACGGGAGAGCCGGGCGGGAGCCUGCAUCUUCCGCCCCUCUUCGCUUUCAAGGUCGAGGCCAAGUCGCCGUCGACGGUGGUGACCAUCUUCUAUUUCAACUGGAUCCUGGAGGUGCUGUACCACAUCGGGGUCAUGCAAUGGGCCAUCGUUGAGCUGGGCGAGCUCCUCCAGUCCUUCGUCUCCACGACGGCCGCAGAGUCGAUGAAUGCGGCGGCGAACAUCUUCGUCGGACACAUUGUUGCUGCUGCCGUGAUCCAGCCAUAUUUGCCGCUGAUGACGGCGUCGGAGUUGAACGUGGUCGUGGUUUCCGGCCUCGCCAGUGUCGCAGGUCAGCGCGUCUCCUGCCCGAUCCCAGAUCUCACUUCUAAACGCCUCUCGAAGGAACAGGAUUUCAGCGUUUUCCAGGCUUUUCCAGACGAUGAGGUCCUUGGAGAGCGACCGAUGCUGGCCGCAUUCGUGGAGCUGGGGAUCUCCGCCGCCCAUCUGGUGUCGGCCUCCUUCAUGUCCGCCCCGGCCGCCCUCGCCUGCGCCAAGCUCCUCCACCCCGAGACGGAGGAGUCCAAGACCAGGGCCGAACACAUCGACAGGGACACCGGGAAAUACACGACGCUGUUGGAGGCUGGACUGAGCGGGGCGAUCCGGGCGACGGCGCUCUACGCGUCGUGGCUCGUGAGCAUGAUCGUGUUCACGGCGGCCGUGCACCAGGGGAACGCGAUCGUCACUUGGAUCACCGGACUACUCGGAACGUCCGAAUUCACCCUGGAGUACAUGUUAUCGUACUUGUUCAUGCCGGUGGCGCUGGCAAUGGGCGUGCCGUGGGAAGAGAGUCGGAUCGUGGGGGAAUUGGUCGCGGUGAAGACCGUCGUCAACGAAUUCAUCGCCUAUCAUCGACUGGGGCAACUCAAGAAAAACCGACUGCUCUCCGGGAGGAGCGCGACGAUCGCGACGUAUGCCCUGUGCGGGUUCUCGAACUUCGGCGCUCUGGGCACGGAACUGGCCACCAUCGCCACGCUGGUCCCCGAGAAACGGGAGGUCGUCGCCCGGAUGGCGUGGAGGUCUUUCGUGGCCGGGUCCAUGGCCUGCUUCCUCACCGCCUCCAUCGCAGAGGAAAAGGUUUUUUACCUGGAUGGUGACCGAAGGGAAGCCGAGGAGAGAGCAGAGGGCAUUCAUGAGGGUGUUGACGGCCUCCAUUCCGGAUCUGAAUGCGAUGAUGGCCGCCAAGACGGCCGCGUACAGUCCCGUCGCCCUCGUCGCUCACGUCAAGCCCGCAUCCAGCAGUCCUUUGUACUUCCUGUGCGGUAUACGAGCAACACAAGACCAUAG